UUUCUCAAAAAACUUCGAACGAACCAGUCGUCGUCGUCAUCGUCAAUCCCAAAAUCCUCUCUUUCACCACGAAUGGCGACUCUCAACGCUUAUUCUCCUUUCCCGGCCAAGUCCCUCUUCACCCACCGCUACAGCCGCAGCCACCGCAAUCGCCGCUCCGUCCUAUCCAUCUCUGCCGUACACUCCGUCGACCCCACAAAUCCCUCACAACCCGCGGCCGCAUCGCCAUCGAAUCCGGCGAGAUGGAGCCUCGAGAGCUGGAAAUCGAGGAAAGCCUUGCAGUUGCCGGAGUACCCAGAUCAGAAAGACCUCGACUCGGUUCUCCAGACGCUCUCCUCCUUCCCUCCGAUCGUCUUCGCCGGCGAGGCGAGGAAGCUGGAGGAGAAGCUUGGCCAAGCCGCCAUAGGAAACGCCUUCUUGCUCCAAGGAGGCGAUUGCGCAGAGAGUUUCAAGGAAUUCAAUGCUAAUAACAUUAGGGAUACCUUCAGGGUUCUUCUCCAGAUGGGUGUAGUUCUCAUGUUUGGUGGUCAAAUGCCUGUUAUCAAGGUGGGAAGAAUGGCGGGUCAGUUUGCAAAGCCAAGGUCCGACCCUUUCGAGGAGAAAGAUGGUGUGAAGCUGCCGAGUUACAGAGGAGAUAAUGUAAACGGUGAUGCUUUCGAUGAGAAAUCGAGGAUUCCUGAUCCUCACAGGAUGAUUAGGGCAUAUACACAAUCUGUGGCAACGUUGAAUCUCCUGAGGGCAUUUGCAACCGGUGGCUAUGCAGCAAUGCAGAGAGUAAGCCAAUGGAAUCUUGAUUUCACCGAGCAUAGUGAGCAGGGUGACAGGUAUCGUGAAUUAGCACAUCGAGUUGACGAAGCUUUAGGGUUCAUGGCUGCAGCUGGACUUACCAAUGCGCACCCUAUCAUGACCACUACAGACUUUUGGACAUCCCAUGAGUGUUUGCACCUGCCUUAUGAGCAAUCACUCACUAGAGAAGAUUCAACUACAGGACUUUACUAUGACUGCUCGGCUCACAUGCUGUGGGUUGGGGAACGAACUCGCCAACUGGACGGUGCCCAUGUCGAGUUUCUGAGGGGAAUUGCAAACCCUCUUGGAAUCAAGGUAAGUGAUAAAAUGGUCCCUGAUGAGCUGGUGAAGCUAAUCGAGAUACUGAACCCUCAUAACAAGCCUGGGAGAAUUACGGUUAUUGUGAGAAUGGGAGCAGAGAACAUGCGGGUAAAGCUUCAACAUUUGAUCCGAGCAGUGCGUCGAGCCGGUCAGAUUGUGACUUGGGUUAGUGAUCCCAUGCACGGGAACACCAUCAAAGCACCGUGUGGGCUCAAAACUCGUUCCUUCGAUUCCAUCCUGGCUGAGGUGAGAGCGUUCUUUGACGUGCAUGAACAGGAAGGGAGCUACCCAGGCGGGAUUCAUCUCGAGAUGACGGGUCAAAACGUGACGGAAUGCGUUGGAGGGUCGCGUACCAUAACCUACAACGACUUGAGCUCUCGUUACCACACACACUGCGACCCACGGCUCAAUGCUUCUCAGUCACUUGAGCUCGCUUUCAUCACCGCUGAGCGGCUGAGAAAGAGAAGGCUCGGUUCGGGAAACCCUCUCUCGUCUGUUCGAGUCUAAGGUCAGGAGCCAAUGUUUGCGUGUAAAAAUGGUCGGCGAGUUUCCGAUGGUUAUAUGUCUCUGCUCAAUACCGUCAUCUCGUGGGUUAAUAGUCUGUAUAAAAGAUCUCGAGAACAUUAAUCCUUGUUUAUGCAGUUUGAGACAUUUUCUCUACUCCUGAUUAUUUUGUCGGACCACUUUGCAUUUUUUUUAAAUUCUCUCUUAUUUGACUA